GUCCUGAAGGCUCUUCCAAGCCAUUGUGAGCAAAAAAAUUUGGUCGAGAUUUUUUUGCAAAUAUUACAAAAGGGAAACAAUUAGAUUCCUCUUUCUGCAAUACAUACACCUCACUGGGGGUACUAUAACAAUGGCGUGAAGAGAUUCUCAUCUUCGUCCUGAAGAUUUUUUCUAUUAUUAUAUCAAUUUAUUUAUUUGUAAUUUGGGGGAGGAGGAAAAAAAUGGAGUGUGUUGGGGUUAGGAAUUUCGCAGCAAUGGCGGUUUCAACGUUUCCGUCGUGGAGUACUUCUCCAAGGAAAUCCCCGGUGGUUAAUAAGAGUUACAGCUUUAGGAAUAUUCGUUUCAGGUUGUGUUGUAGUAGUCUCAGAGCUAGCGGCGGCGGAAGCAGCUCCGGGAGUGAGAGUUGCGUGGCGGUGAGAGAGGAUUUCGCCGACGAAGAAGAUUUCGUGAAAGCUGGUGGUUCUGAGAUCGUGUUCGUUCAAAUGCAGCAGAACAAAGACAUGGAUGACCAACAGUCCAAGCUUGUUGAUAAGUUACCUCCUAUAUCAGUCGGCGAUGGUGCUCUGGACCUAGUGGUUAUUGGUUGUGGUCCUGCUGGUUUAGCCUUGGCUGCGGAAUCAGCUAAGCUAGGACUUAAAGUUGGACUCAUUGGUCCAGAUCUUCCUUUCACUAACAAUUACGGUGUUUGGGAAGAUGAAUUCAAUGAUCUUGGGUUGCAAAAAUGUAUUGAGCAUGUUUGGAGAGAUACUCUUGUGUAUCUGGAUGAUGACAAUCCUAUUACCAUUGGCCGUGCUUAUGGAAGGGUUAGUCGACGUUUACUCCACGAGGAGCUCUUGAGGAGGUGUGUGGACUCAGGUGUCUCGUACCUUAGCUCCAAAGUUGACAGCAUAACAGAAGCUUCUAAUGGUCUUAGACUUGUUGCCUGUGAAGGCAAUGCCGUCAUUCCAUGCAGGCUUGCCACUGUUGCUUCUGGAGCAGCUUCGGGAAAGCUCUUGCAAUACGAAGUUGGGGGACCUAGAGUGUGUGUCCAAACUGCCUACGGCGUGGAAGUUGAGGUGGAAAACAGUCCAUAUGAUCCAGAGCAGAUGGUUUUCAUGGAUUACAGAGAUUAUACAAACGAGAAAGUUCGGAGCUUAGAAGCUGACUACCCAACGUUUCUGUACGCCAUGCCUAUGACAAAGACAAGAGUAUUCUUUGAGGAGACAUGCUUGGCCUCGAAAGAUGUUAUGCCCUUUGAUUUGUUAAAAAAGAAGCUCAUGUUACGAUUAGAUACCCUUGGAAUUCGAGUUCUAAAAACUUACGAAGAGGAAUGGUCCUAUAUCCCUGUUGGUGGUUCCUUGCCUGACACCGAACAAAAGAAUCUCGCCUUUGGUGCUGCCGCUAGCAUGGUACAUCCUGCAACAGGCUAUUCAGUUGUGAGAUCUUUGUCCGAAGCUCCUAAUUACGCAUCAGUCAUCGCGGAGAUACUUAAACAAGAGUCUACUACUUCCUUAACCAAACACACCAACAGCAAUAUUUCAAGACAAGCUUGGGAUACUUUAUGGCCACCAGAGAGGAAACGACAAAGAGCAUUCUUUCUCUUUGGCCUUGCGCUCAUAGUUCAGUUCGAUAUUGAAGGCAUUAGAAGCUUCUUCGAAACUUUCUUCCGCCUUCCAAAAUGGAUGUGGCGAGGGUUUUUAGGAUCAACAUUAACAUCAGGAGAUCUCGUUCUGUUUGCUUUGUACAUGUUCGUCAUUGCACCAAACAAAUUGAGAAAAGGUCUCAUCAAUCACCUCAUCUCUGAUCCAACCGGAGCAACCAUGAUUCGAACCUAUCUCAGAAUAUGAUUCUCUUAUCAACUCGUAGGUUUGUGUGUGUAUAUAUAUAUAUAUGGUUUAUCUUAUCUGAAUAAUCGAUCGAAGAAUGAUAUGUGGGUUACUAGGAAGUUGGAAAGAAUCGUGUAUAGAAGAAUCUAAGGAGUGAUCGAAAUGGAAAUGGAAAAGAACAAAAUCAGUCUAUGUUUUGUGGUAAGCGACUGAGAAUUGAGAUAGAGAGAAAGACAUUUUGUGAAAUGUGAGUCUUGAUCAUUGUUUAUGAAAAACUCAUUUUUUUCUCAUUAGGAGUUUAGAUUCUUCAAACAUAUGUAUUCUCUCAAUCGCUAAUCAUCUACAAUGCUUAAAUUACAAGUGUAAUGUUCAAAGGCAUGUUUCAACCCA